AUGUUUACACCAAUGGGCCGUGUGCUUUCAAACGAACAAGAACCACCUCCAAAUUUGGGAACUGAAUAUCGUGAAUGUUUCUUAUCACCACGUCGAGAAGAUUAUGGACCUCGUGCAGUUCUUCCAAAGGUUCCAGUGAAGCGAUCUUUAUCCAACCGCUCAGUUCUCUCCUGUGAUCUCGAUAAGAACCCGCUAUCUGACUCAUCUGAAUAUCGUUUGUGCUACGAAAACUAUCGUCCUAGACGUCCGUAUAUCUUCCAUGAACAACGUAGUCAAGUCUUCGACUAUGUCCCUAAACCGUUAAAUCCUAAGCCAACUGCGAAAGCACCGCCGAAGAAUACGAAUAGUCUGAGCGAUACUGAAUAUCAUGAACGGUUUCCUAACUAUCGUUCGUUUAUCCCUACUCGUGAACUUCUUCCAGCACAUAUUUCUGCUAAUUCCGACGUACAAUCGCACACGCAAAGAAAAAGAGAAGAAAUGAGGCGCAGUCAAUAUUUUCAACAGCUCAUCGCUGAUAACGAAAGAUUAAGCGGCGGGCGAGACAUCGGAACAAGUGAGCAACGCACUGCCUUUCAAUGGCCUCUUCACCUUUCAGAGACGCAAAGAACACCACGACAAUCUGAAACACCUACGUUCAUUCCGAAGCCGUAUUUUACCCCUCGAAAUAUCUAUGAACCUCUCCCGCCUAUUCAACGAGCAUCAGUUGAUACUACUAAUUAA